AGGACAUCGUGGAGUCCUGGGCUGAAGCGCUGAAGGACGGCCUGCUGCGUCACAGAAGCCAAGCUGCUCUGGGACCCCCACAGACGACUGCAAAGAGCGUGCUGCUCGCGUGGAUGGAGUGGUUCCAAUUUCCUAUCAAGUCCUUCACAGCGCUGACGAUUCCUGAUGUCAGUAUGGAAGAUGCUGAGCAUCUUUACCCCUGGGCAUUCGUCAUGAGCAUGGCGUGGCUGGCGCUCUUUGCCUAUCUUGUCGUGGCGGCCUGCAAUGGAAUUCAUAAGGACUUCCGGAUUUCCACAUCUGUCUUGGGCUACACUGUGGCAGCAGCAGGGACUUCGUUUCCCAACGUUUUCAGCGGGAUGUGUGUUGCGAGGCAAGGGAAGACCACUAUGGCUGUGGCAAAUGCCCUGGGAGCCAACGUGCAAAAUGUUUUCCUUGCGUUGGCCAUUCCUUGGGCCAUCCAAUGCACCAUCAACAGGGGAAGCUUCGAGCUGCCAUUCACGGGCUUGUUGAGCGCCGUUGUGGAGAUCUAUGUCACGCUUCUUCCAGCGGUUGUGGUCUUCACACUAUCCAACCAUCAGUUCCCGAGAUGGUCGGGAUAUAUGUUCCUGGUGAUUUAUGCUUGCUACUUGGCCGUGGCACUAACUCAAGACACCUUGCAUUGCCCAUCUUGGCCCUUUUUCUGUUCAGCCACUCAGACAGAUAUGACAGUGGGGACUUCCUGAUCUGAUGCCAACAGCGGCAGUUUUAGGUACAGAUCACGAGGGUCAGGAGUUACAUUUGAAACCCUGUCAACUACCUGAGCCGGACAAACCAUGUCCAGUGCUCGACAUGGCCAAUGCAACCAAAA